CGUUUGAAUGCUCAACAGCUCAAGCAUGAAGCACCCUUCUCUCUCGCCACCUCACACCUGACAUGCAAGACAACUAAAAAAAAUUAACAUGAAAAAUCCUUAACCCUAAAUUUCCAAAUUCUUAAAUAUCACAAAUCCAUGUAAGCUUCUGCUAAUCUGGAAAAAAAAAUAAAAAAUAAAAGAAGCAAAGAUCUGUACUCGUAUUCAGUAAUGGGUAGAAAUGGAAUUUCAAGACUAUUUUUGUUCUUCGUCGUCUUGAUUGUAUCCUCCGGUGUUUCUAACGCUUCCUUUUUCUCCACGAUUCGGCAUUUGGCUGCUCCUAAAGACCACGACAGCAACAGCUCCGUCAAAAUCCAAGUAUCCCCGUCGCCAAGUCCAGAUCCUGCUAAGACACUAAAUACGACAAACACUGAGGAUAAUUCGGUUUCAAAAGUUGAUAAUUCCACGAGCUUAAAUAAUAAUAAUAAUAAUAAUAAUAAUAAUAAUAAUAAUAGUGAUAAAAGUAAUGGUGAAAGGGGGGUUGUGGGACUAAAUUCGACUCGGGGGAAUGAAAAGGAGAGUGGAGAUGAGAAAAGGGAUGAUGAAACGAAGAAGGUGAGUGAAGAGAAGGAUCAUCGGAAACCAGAUUUGGAAUCAGAGGCUGGUGGGGAGAAUUGUACAACAGUGGGCGGUAGGAGGUGCACGGACCUCAAGUCGUUGACUGCUUGCAUUCUUGGAUUUGAUAAUGGAUCCCAUUGGUGGACGGUUCUUAUACAAAAUUCUGGGGAACGCACUUUGUCAGUGGAUGUGCAUGCCCCAAAUCUUAUUGACAAUUCUUUGGUGGAAAUAGCGAAACACCAAACUAAAACGAUCAAUUUGACUGUUGGUCAAAGCACAGAGGUGAUAUUAAAUGCUAAAAAUGGGGACUGUGUUCUGCACUUGGAUCCUCUUGAAUCUCAAGCAAACUUUUUCAUGAACCUCCCUUCUUAUGACCAGCUAAUUACCCCCAUCAAUGGUGCUUACUUCCUGAUUAUUACAGUGGUAGUUUUUGGAGGGACAUUAGCUUGCUGCAUGUGUAGGAAGGGGAGACCGGAGGCGGGAAUCGCUUAUCAGGAGCUUGAAAUGGCUAUGCCAGAAUCUGGUGUUGCAAAUGAUUUUGAAACAGCUGGAGGCUGGGAUAAGGUCUGGGAUGAUAAUUGGGAUGAGGAGAAUGCAAUAAAGUCACCAGCUGCACGUCAUUCAGCAAGUGUGUCAGCCAAUGGCCUUACUUCUAGGACUCCAAACAAAGAUGGAUGGGAAAAUGACUGGGACAACUAGGCUUUUUGCAGGGAGAAGAGAAAGAAGAAAGUUCUACCUUCCCAGGAUGUGGACAAGGAGGAGAACAAGAAAACGAAUAGAUAUACAAAAUUUUGAUUGUAAAUCCUUCUGACGAGCGAUUUUGGCAUUUGUAGUUUUGUGCAACGGUGAGAGUCCAGAGAAGUGUUGAAAUGCGUAGAUGAUGUAAUCUUUCUGCUUUUUGUGAAAUGUAAAUUGCUCACAUUUGUUUUUGUGCAAUCUGCAUUCUUUGACUUGCACUUGAAAA